AUGAUUUCGGCACUAUUCCUUACAUCUCAAACCGGCAAGAUACUUUUGUUUCGUGUAUACCGCGGAGAAGCCACAAAGGAGGACGCACUGGUCUUUUGUAGGAACACAAUCAGUGACAAGACUUCUGGGCAUCUUCCAAUCUACAGAUACGGAAAAAACAACUUUUUCAGGAUCAAGCUGGAUGAGCUCAACCUUGUAUCACUGACAAAGAGGAAUGGGAACUCAUUUUUAAUCUUCCAGACCCUCUUUGAGCUCCGAAAGCUCAUCUUCACACUCAUGGGAGGGGUAUGCACCGAGGAGUUUAUUACCAAUAACGCAUCGCUGAUAUACGAGCUGUUUGAUGAAGUAAUAGACGCUGGAUAUCCUCAGAAUUUGGAGCUUAGUGUACUCACAGAGUGUAUGUCCACGUCCGCAACUGGAACGUUGAGCACACAGUCUGAUUGGCUCAAAAAAGUGGCUGGUGUAAAGAUUGGAGCUCUCGCAAAGUUUGGUGUUGAACAUGACUCUAGAUUUGGUGAUAAGCCUACAGCCUUUGUUGGCAAGUUUGUAGGUGAUGAAGCGGAUGACUCAUAUCUUGAGGAUCAGUCCAGAGUAGAUUAUCCUAUAUCUUUAAUGGCAACAAGUGUUGUGCCUCCAUGGAGGCCCAGAGAUAUAAUGUAUUCUAAAAACACAGCUUCACUCACUGUCGUAGAGUGUGUAAACGUUUUGUACUCUAGCAUCGGUGAAUUACUCUCUUAUGAUAUCACUGGGUCCAUUGUUGUAGAUGCACACAUAUCUGGGAUUCCAGUCUGCCAUUUACGCUUGAAUGAUGAUUUUAAUAAGGGAUCGGCGAACAUUUUAAACGCAUUUCAGACUCAAUCCUCAUCUUCGGAAUUUGCAUUACCUGUAGCUGCUAAGCAGAUUGUUAGACUUGAAGACUACAAGUUUCACCAGUGUGUGAAUUUGGGUGCAAUAAACGUCAGCAAAAUUCUCUCCUUUAUUCCCCCGGAUGAUGCAUUUGUGCUAAUGACAUAUAGAGCAACGACAAAUAUCACUCUUCCAUUUAUUUUAAGGCCAAAAGUCAAGAGGAUAACGUCUACAACCAUCCAAUAUUCCCUAAGUCUGGUUCCCACGUAUGCAAAGGGUGUUUGCGCUACAAAGGUUUCUGUUCGAAUUCCUAUACCAAAGACUGCAAAGGAGGUACAGAUUACUGGGAUAUCCCCCAAUUCAAAUCUUGACAUAAACAUUCCUCUCCAUCACGUUGAUUGGGUUAUUAAAAAGAUACAAGGAGAGACUAAUUUUAAUAUACUCUUCACCUCGAUACAGUCCUCCUCCACGGUUGGUACACACGUGUCGCACUUGGAUCCAAUUCAGCUGAGCUUUGAGCUAGGGUCAUUCAUGUCCAGUGGCUUAUACAUUGCGAGCCUGGAUGUGUCGAAUCAGGCCAGGGGCAAGGUUUCAAAGUCUGCCUCUUACACCACCAAAGGCGGUUCUUGGCUCCAUCGUCUUGGUUGUGCACCAUAA